GCUCUCUCAACUCAUCGAACAAGGCACUCCAUCGCCACUUACUAUCCUGAUCCAACUUGCUCGAAUGUUCGUUCCUUAGCAUCAGCUAAUACUACUGUGCAGCCAACUUUGUCACCUACCAGCGUCGUUAACCAAAAAACGUUAGUGUGCCAAAAAAAAGAUGUUCCUGAGUCACCUGCUUCAUAUAACGAGCAAAGUUUAUCUAUCUCCAGCCUUUCAAAAAAUCACUCGCAAAGACUAUCCAAUAAUCUUUCAUCAAAACCAACUUUAGUGCGACAGCAUGUAGUGAGCGGUCGUCUAAGCAAUGCUGUUUCCCAUCCGGAGGUCACUUUGAAAACCACUGGGCCUACAACACGCCAGCAAGCUAGAGCUGCGGCUGCUGCAUUACAGCAGCCUCUUCGUCAGAGACGCUACACAACACAGGCUACUUUAGGAACAAGUGAGGAAGUAGUUGAUCGGGGUAACCAACUGACUUUGCUCAAUUCCAAGGCAUUAUUAGAGGCUAGCUUGCACCUCGCCUCAACUCCUGUAGAGCCGCAAUCUUCUCUGUCAAAUAUUUCAAAACAAUUGGAUUCUUCGGGUCAAGAAUCCGCUUCUCGUCGUCGCCCCAGGAAAACUGCUAGGAGGCGUACAAUAAUUGGUGUUGAAAAGGUAUUUCCGAGUCUGUCAGUCAUUUUAUGA